AUGAUCAGAGAUUACACUAUUAGAAACUUUAAGCUAAAUCUCAACACAGGCAUCACCCAAAAAAUCCACCUCCCUUCAAAUUUCUCCGGUAUCGAUAUUGAUACGGUCAGGUUAAGAUGCGGGAGCUUGAGAAGAUACGGUGCAAGAAUUGGAGAGUUUCAUAUCGGCUCAGGCGUGACGGUGGAGCCAUGUCAGGAGAGAGUCAUGCUGGUUAGACAAAACCUUGGUUCGAAUUGGUCUUCAAUCUACUCUACCGGUUACAACUUAACCGGUUACAGUUACCAGCUCGUGUCACCGGUUCUCGGUUUGUUAGCUUACAACGCUAACCCUGACGGUGUGGCCACGAACCCUUACGAGGUUAACGUUUUGUGUACCGAUCAAAAACCAAUCUUGAUCGAUUUCUUGAGUAGCAAGACAAGUGGCAACACUAAACUUAAUACGACGACGAAGACAAACUCAUCAGUCUUGUGUGCGUGUUUUGCAAGCAACGGUAAUACAACGUUUAGUGAUCAAGUUUCGCCUUAUGUAUGCAAAGGGACAAGACAAGGGCAUUACGCUCUCGUGAUGAAGAUGGAAGCUCCAAGAAAAGAUGUCGGUGGUGGUGGAGUGGUAACGUCAUCGACUGAGGUGAAUGUUGGCGGUGGAGGAGGAGGAAAGUUGAGCCGGUGGAAAGUGGCGGUGGGGAGUGUGAUUGGGUCGGGGAUUGGAGCUAUUCUGUUGGGGAUGUUGGUGGUGGCGAUGUUGGUGAAGGUGAAGAAGAAAGCGGAGAGAGAAGAAAUGGAGAGAAGAGCUUAUGAAGAAGAAGCUCUUCAGGUUUCAAUGGUGGGUCAUGUUAGGGCUCCUACUGCUUCUGGUACUAGAACUCUUCCUAUAAUGCCUGAUGAUAGGUAUAAAAACAGUCAUUUGAAUCAUUAUCCAUAA